AUGUCCUCUGAUCCCGAAGACUACCUCGCUGUACUCAAAGCAGCGUAUGAUUAUGAGCCGCAAGCUGACGCGGAAGAUGAGUUAGCAGUAAAAGAGAACCAGUUGCUAUUUCUUCUUGAACGCACAGACGAUGAAUGGUGGAAGGUGAAGGUGAAGGCGGAUAUGCAAGAUGAAGAUGGGCCAUCAGGUCUUAUUCCGGCCGCAUACGUUGAGCCCGCGGAACGCAUCUCAGUGGUCAAAGUACUCUACGAAUACGAGGCACAACAGCCCGGAGAGCUCUCCGUGGGCGAAGACGAAGUUCUCUACGUAUAUGACAAGGAUGAAGACUGGCUACUGGUGCAUAGCCAGAAGGAAGGCGGCAAGGUCGGUUACGUCCCUGGUAACUACGUCGAAGAGGUGCCAGAGGAAGGGGAGUCAACUCCACAGGCUGUAGCCUCCCCACCGGCCGUUGACCUUUCUAAGCUUGUGAUCCCGGACUCGCCCCCAAAGCCUGCAUACACGGAUCCUGCAGAGCUGGUCAAUAAGAGUAAGGCAAAAGCUCAGGCUGGACCAGUUGAAACAUGGUCGGUAUCAGAGGUCGAUAAGAAGGGCAAGAAGAAGAAAGGCACUCUCGGAGUGGGCAACGGUGCCAUGUUCUUUGCCAGUGAGUCCGACAAGACCCCAGUUCAAAAAUGGCAGACCUCAGACAUCCUCACGACUCGUAUCGAGAAGAACAAGCAUGUUCACAUAGACAUUGGUGGUAUCUCGCCAAUCAGCCUUCACUUCCAUGCCGGCUCCAAGGACAUUGCAGAUACCAUCCUGAACAAGCUCCAGGAGGCUCGACUUCCCCUUGAAGCGCAGGAAACUACCCUAGCGGUUGAGCCACCCGAGAGACCGAGAAGCAGUGCACAAAAGUCCGUUCACUUCGAUAAUGCAGCACCGGUGAUUAUCCCUCCUCGCGAAGAUGAUGGGCAAUCGGAACCGGACGAAGACGGCGGGGAGUACGGAGAAGAGCCAGACGGACCUCGCGCUGCAGUGCUGUAUGACUUCCAUGCUGAUGAGGAGGACGAGAUGUCUGUCUCCGAGGGCGAGACCCUUCUCGUGCUCAAGCGCGACACGGACGAAUGGUGGAAGUGCCGGAACGCACGUGGUCAAGAGGGUGUCCUGGUCCCGGGAACUGAGGGUGCUGGCCGGUCGUCCACAGACUCCGACGCCUCUGAGGCUCAGGCAGCAAGAGCGACCGCAGAGCGUGCGGAGUCUGAACGGCGGGAACGGGAAGAGGCUGAACGCAAAGAGAGGGAGCGCAAGAAGGAGGCUGAGCAACGAGCGAAGGCAGCAGCAGCCCAAGCUGAGGCAGAUAGGCGGCGUCGCGAGCAAGAGCGAGAGAGACAGCGCGAGAAGGAGAAGGAACGUGAACGUGUUGCUGAUGAGGAAGCUCGUAGGAAGGCUCGCGACUCUAUGGAGACUCCGAGAUCCCCGAAGGCAAACGGCUCUGGUUCAAGAAGCUCAGCCGAGAAACGUCCACCUCCCACGGCCAACGUACGCACUUGGCAUGAUCGGACAGGCCAGUUCCGAGUUGAUGCUGCCUUCCUUGGCUUCGCGAGCGGCAAGCUCAGGCUUCACAAGGUCAACGGCGUUGUCAUCGAAGUGCCUUCUGAUAAGAUGUCUGCCGAUGAUAUGAAGUACGUCGAACGUGCGAUGGCAAAGCAACGAGAGCAGCAACGUGGCUCUUCGCCUCGUGGAACCUCAGACGAUGAACCUUUGGAACACCGGAGGCGUUCGCUGCAACCUUCUGCGAAGACCGCUCAGUCGUCGAAGAAGGGUCCAACGGUCGAUUGGUUCGAGUUCUUCCUCAGUGCCGGUUGUGAUAUUGACGACUGCACGCGGUAUGCCGCAUCCUUCGAGCGAGACAAGAUUGACGAAGCCAUCUUACCCGAUAUCACCGAGUCUACAAUGCGUUCUCUUGGCCUCAGGGAAGGCGAUAUAAUCCGUGUGAAGAAGGCGAUUGAUGCGAGGAAACCCAAACCGACGGAAGACGUAAAGGCGGAUCAAUUACGCCGUGACGAGGAGCUCGCAAAGCAAUUGCAGGCGCAGGAGAAUGGCGGCACGCCUCGAGGCGAAGCUCCCAAUCUCUUCGCUGCAGGUCCCAACGGCGCACUCAAGAACAAUGUGCGUAGGGGUAGACCCCAGCCGAGCAAGAGCGUUCCCUCGACAGUCGACAUUAAUGCCAUUAGCUCGGCUUCGGACCAGAUUCAACGUACAGGUACCCCCAGCCGUGCAAGUGGCACGCCGACUCCACAGCUGCCUGAAAGGUCGAACUCUGUGUCACUUGCACCUACGCCUAGCGGCUUCGAUGAUGAUGCAUGGACAGUUAGACCAAGCUCAACGACACCUAUCGCCCCAUCGUCGCCCGCGAACAACCGGGCCGCGCCCACUCCGCCUGUCGCACCACCGGCACCUCCCGUACAGGUGGCUGCUCCUGCACCAGCUCCUGCACCAGCACCGCCUGCUGCUGCGCCUCCAGCGGCGCCAGCUCCUCCCCCUGCACCCCCGGCGCCCUCGGCUUCUGCGCCCCCUGCUACGACACCUGCAGCGCCAAUUCAACAGCCCGGGAUGACUGGUUCCAGCUUGGCAAAGAAGACAGAAGCAGAUGUCUUUGACCAGCUGGCACGUCUUAACGUACUUCGCCUGCAAAACCCUGUCAUCACCCAGAGACCAGCCUCUGCGUUAAGUUCUGGGGUCACCUCUCCCCCGCCGCUUAGCUUCCAGUCUGGCUUAGGCAUGGGCUCCUCACCGGCGCCUCUUGCCCAGCAUCUGCAAGCUCAACGGACCGGAAUACUCGCACCACCGCAGCCCAUCAAUGGUCCUCGAGGUCCGCUUGCACCCGUGCCGGCCAACCAGGCCUUAUUGCAGCCGCUCAUCCCGACGAACACCGGCUUCAACAGCUUCGUUCCAGCACGGCCCCAAAGCACUCCUUCGUACUUGCAGCCUCAACAGACGGGCAUUCUUGGACCUCCGCCGCAACCGCUUCUAUCGCAACCUACUGGCUUCCAAGCACCGCCGCCGCCCAGCUUCCGGCCACCGCAGAUGACAGGCCUCCAGGGACCGCAGCCUACUGGCUUCCAAGGACUGCAGCCAACAGGAUUCCAAGGCUCGCAACCGGUCGGCUUCCAGCCAUCACCACAACCGUUCUUGUCGCAGCCCACUGGUUUUCAGCCUUCUGGCCCCAUGCUUUCGCAGCCAACUGGCAUUGGGGGCAACUUCGGUGGUAUAUCUUCGUUCCAGAACCCGUCUGGUAGCUUUGGACAGGUUCAACCUAACCCGACAGGUUUCAACCCCGGCUUCGGGCAGUUCAAUGCGACAUCACCACCGCCUGCACCGCAGCCACCUGCGUCGAAUCAAGUCAAUACCAAUCCUGCCAACAUCUUCGCUCAGAUGAAAAGCGGGACGUUUGGACAGGAUGAUUCGCUGCAGCCUCAGUCCGCAGAUAAAUAUGACUCUUUGCGCCCUCAACCUACAGGAUGGGGAGGAGGAUACCAAGGGAUGAAUGGCUUCUCCGGAGGGUAUGGAUUCCAAUAA